AUGAAAAUAUUAACAGGUGAUGAAAUUAUUCCUACUUUUCAUAAUGAUUAUUAUAAGGCUGGCGGAAAACUGGCGUCGAACCAGAGCCUGAAUUACGAUGACUUUGCGAAUAAGAAAUGA